CCCACUCAUCAAUUACAUCUUCUCAAUCUCAACCAAAGUUCAUCACCAUCAUCAUCAUCAUCUCUUUCUCUUUCUCUUGAGUUUUUCAUUCUCUUUCUCUACAAAAAUUUCAACAACAAAAAAUAAAAAAACACUACUCUUUAGUCAAGCAAUCAGUCUCAGAGUUCAUCAUCAUCAUCAUCAUCUCUUUCUCUUGCUGCAUUUGAGUUUUUCAUCAUCUUUCUCUACAAUCUUAAGUCUCAGAUCAAAUUUGCCCACUCAUCAAUUACAUCUUCUCAAUCUCAACCAAUACAAGGCAAUUGCUACUAUGGAAAUUGCUAUUUCAAUUGCUGGGAAAAUAGCGGAGUAUACAGUGGCACCCGUUGGUCGACAGUUGGGUUAUCUAUUUCACUACACGAGCAAUGUAGAUAAUCUCAAAACUCAAAUGCAAGAUUUGAAGGAUGCUAGGGAAAGACUGCAACAUCGUGUCGAGGAAGAGAUAAAUAAUUGUCAAGAAAUCGAAAAUGAUGUUCGAAAUUGGCUGAGCAGCGUUGAGCAAAUCUCUGAAAAGGUUGACACAUUUCUUAACCAAGAAGACCAUGCAAAGGUUGCGUGUUUUUCUUGUGGAUCCGUUUUUCAUUUGGUGACGCGACAUCAAUUGAGUAGGAAAGCAAAGAAGGUGGCAAUCGUUGUGCUUGCAAUCUCAGAGAAAAACAAAUUUGGUUCGAUACCGAUUUCUUAUUGUCCUCAGACAGAAAGUUCAUUCCAAAUAACCAAAGGCUACGAGACUUUUGAAUCGAGGAAAGGAAUUCUGAAGGACAUAAUGGUGGCUGUGAGAGAUGCUAACAGGAGCAGGAUAGGAUUGUAUGGAAUGGGUGGAAUUGGCAAAACUAUGCUUGCCAAAGAAAUUGCCAGACGAGCUGAGGAAGAGAAGUUAUUUAGUAAGGUGGUUAUGACGACUAUUUCUCAGACACCUAAUAUAGAAGAGAUUCAGCAAGAGAUUGCCGAAAUGUUAGAUAUCAAAAAGUUUGGUGAAAUAGAGAGCACAAGCAAGAGAGCAUAUCGACUUCGACAGCGAUUAAAGCAAGAAACAAGUAUUAUGUUAAUUCUCGACGAUGUUUGGAAGGAACUCGAUCUAGAAGUUAUUGGAAUCCCUGAUGAGUGCAAAAUGCUACUAACCUCUAGAUCUCUAGAUGUUUUAUGCAGCUCUAUGGAUAUUGUUGAGAGUAAUAAUUUCUCAAUUAAGGCAUUAGACUCGAGGGAAUCCAUAAGUAUGUUUAAGAAAAUAAUUGGAGAAAAAGUUGAAAAGCCAGAUUACAAUGAUUUGGCACAUAAGAUUGUUGGGGAAUGUGCAGGCCUGCCAAUUGCCAUUGCAACAGUGGCACGUGCUUUGAAAUACAAAAAGAACUUGGAACCAUGGGCAGAUGCGUUGCAACGACUACAAAGUUCGAACUUUACAGGGAUUGAUGGAAUGCAUGAUAAAGUUUAUGCAAGUAUUAGGUUAAGCUACGAUUUUCUCGGAAGUCGUGAGGAUGAGGCAAAAUCAUUGUUAUUGCUUUGUGCUUUACAUAAAGAAGAUCAAGAAAUAAUGGUCGAUAACUUGAUAAGAUAUAGUAUGGGUUGGGACUUGCUUCAAGACGUCAAGGAAAUGAAACAAGCAAAAAAUAGGGUGAAUUCAUUGGUGGAUAAAUUAAAAUCUCGUUGUCUGUUACUGGAUGGUGAAAGUAAAAAUUAUGUAAAGAUGCACGAUGUCAUUCGUGAUGUGUGCAUAUCAAUUGCGAAGGAAGAUGAGCAUUGCAUGAAUAACAUUACCAGUGCAAAUGUGGAUGAGGAGUUCAAUAUCCACGAAAGACAUAAAGGAUCUAAAGUAAUUUCCUGUCUUGAAUAUGAUCUUGAUAAGCUUCCUGAAAAAUUGGAAUGUCCUAGGUUAGAGUUACUUCUUCUAUCUGGUAAGCCUUUGAAAUCGAUUUCGGACUACUUUUUUGAACAAACUAGGCAGCUUAAUGUUUUGAGUAUGAGCGGUUCAAACCUAAGAUUAUUGCCAUCGUCUUUUCAUUUGCUUCAAAAUCUCCAAACAUUAUGUCUACGUGGUUCUUCUCUUAGAGACAUAGGUGUGAUUGGUGACUUGAAGAAUUUAAAAGUUCUUGAUCUCUCUUGGUCUGGUUCCAUUAAGCGGUUGCCAAAAGAUAUAAGUGAAUUGCGGCGAUUGCAACUUCUAGAUCUACGAGGAUGCUGGAGUCUAAAAGUUAUCGAGCCGAAUGUCAUUUCUAAUUUGACAAAGAUUGAAGAACUCUACAUGCCACACACAUUUACCGAAUGGGAGACUGAAGAAGGCACAAUGAAAGAAAGAAGAAAUGUCAGUCUUAUUGAGAUAAAGAGUUUGCAACGACUGAAGAUUUUAUGUUUGUCUAUACCAAGUGAAAGUGUUUUGCCAAAGGGAUUGUUUACUGAAAAAUUGGAGAGAUACCGAAUAUCUAUUGGAGGAAAAUACGCCCUUCAUUAUUUUGAAAAUGAAAUUUCAAGGUGGUUGCGCCUAAAUCUCUCUCAAAUAAGUGAAAUAAUUGCAUUUGGACUUGAAUCGUUAAUGAAAAGGUCGGAAUAUUUAUCAUUAGAGAGAUUAAUGGAUGUCAACAAUGUUGCUCCGUGUUUGGAUAAAGAUGGUUUUCCUAGAUUGAAGCAUUUGAUCCUUAUACAAUUAACAAGCUUGGAAAAGAUAUGUCAUGGAAAACUCCCAUUGAGCUCAUUCAAUGAAUUGAGAAAGGUGGAAGUGAGGUUUUGUGGUAAAUUAAAAAUUUUGUUUCCCUUUUCGGUCGCCAAACUACUUCAUGAAAUUAUAGUAGAAAAAUGCGAGAUGAUGGAAGGGAUAGUCAGCCGUGGGGGAGAAAAUGAAGGUGAUGAUGAAGCUGCCCAUGACAUUGACGAGUCUUUGCAAUUACGCUCAUUGUCUCUACAUUCUUUACCAAACAUUGUCCAAUUCUAUUGCUCCAAGUUGAAGACAUCUGGCGAGUCUUCAGUACAUGAUUAUUCAAAGCCUUUAUUUAGUGAAACGGUUUCUUUAUCGAACUUGGAGGAAUUGACUAUGUCGAGAAUGAAUAUAGAAAGGAUAUGGCCAGACCAACCUCUAUCAAGUUUUGACCUACAAAACUUAACAAGCUUGACAGUAGAAAAUUGCAACAAAAUAAAAUAUUUAUUUUGUUUUGCAAUGGCUGAAAGGUUUGUAAACUUGAAGAAGCUGAAGGUACAUGAUUGUGUGGCUAUGAAAAACAUUCUCAAAAGUAGGAAACUACAAGAAGAAAGAAGUUCGUUAGAGAAUAAAAGCUUGUUCACUAACUUAGAAAUUCUUAGGCUCUCCAAACUUCGAGUUUUUGAAACAUUUUGUUCAGAAGAUUCAUGCAUCAAAGAAGUGUCACUGGAUAACGAUGAAGAGAAGAUUGUACCAAAACAACACCUCUUCAAUGGAAUGGUUUCUCUCCUUAUCUUGAAUACACUGUUUUUGAGGAAAUUAAGUGUAGAAACAUUAUGGCCAGACCAACAACAUUUGUCAAGUCCUUACCUACAAAACUUAACAUACUUAAAUGUAAAAAGCUGCAACAGAAUAAAAUAUAUGUUUUGUUUUGCUAUGGCUGAAAUGCUUGUGAACUUGAAGAAUCUACGGAUAGAGGAUUGUGUGGCUAUGGAAUGCAUUCUCAAAGGUAGGAAACUACGAGAAGAAAGAAGUUCGCUAGAGAUUGUGUGGCUCCUCGGACUUCCAGUUUAUAAAACUUUUUGGUUAGAAGAUUCAUGCAUCAAACAAGUAUCAGUUGGUGAUAAUGAAGGGAAGAUUGUACCAAAACAACACCUCUUCAAUGGAAUGAUUGCAUUUUCCAACUUAAAAUGGUUGGGUGUUUGGAAUUGUAACAAUAUCAAGUAUCUCCUAUCAUCUACUAUGGCUAGAAGUCUUGUACAACUCGAGACAUUACAAGUACUUCGAUGUAAGAACAUAGAAGAGGUAAUAGUGAAUGAUGAGGAAUUAGGUGGUGGUGGAAGCAAAUCAAUAAUAUUUGAAAAACUAGAAUCUCUUGAGCUUUGUUAUCUUCCAAAUGUUAUAAAGUUUUGUGAAGGAGAUUGCAUUGAAUGUCCAUUGUUGUCUACACUGGAGAUGUAUGAUUGUCCUAAUCUGAAGCAAUUUAUAAGUAAAUCCAUGGGUACAAGGGCAUGUACUGAAAGUGAAGAAAUGGGCAUGGUGGCGCUGCAUAAACAAAGUAUCUUCAAAGACAAGGUAAUUUUCCCCAACCUGAAGACAUUGAGAACUAAUUGGAGUGAAGCAAUAAAGGAGAUAUUUGAGACCAUGAGCAGUCAAUCUUCUUCAACAAUCUCCACAUUUCCCAACCUUUACGAACUUGACGUAAACUACAUAUCUUAUGAUAAGCCAAUUGCUCUAUAUGUCAAGUCAUUCCUUCACAAAUAUCACAAUAUUCAUACACUUGGAUUGCGUGGCUCUUUUGUGGAUGGACAACAACAACGACAACCUGGUGAUGAAUUGAUAAAUAAUACAAGUUUGAUGAGACUAAGUAUUGACUCUGCUUAUAAACUAAAUCAUCUGUUUGGGGACCCAGAAUAUGCUCAACCAUCACAUACUAUUCUCUUUCAAAAUUUAAAAUAUCUCACUAUAACAGAAUGCAAUCGGCUGACGUAUCUAUUCUCCUCCUCAACUGCAGCCACUUUGGUACAAUUGAAAUAUAUGAGCAUAAGUAAUUGCAGAAGGAUGAGAGAGGUUAUUAAUACAGAUUAUUAUAAUGAUGAGAAAUGCCAAAUAGAAGCAGAGACUGAACACCAUCACUUUGUUUUCCAGAGACUGGAGACAUUAGAUCUUGAGGAUUUACCAAGUCUCGAAAGCUUCUACUCAGGAAAUAAAGUGAUGAGCUUCCCAAAUUUGGAAGAAUUAACUGUGAGAGGAUGUCCUGAUAUGAUGAGUUUUUCACAUGGAAUUAUAAGUACCUCUCCAUGUUUCAACACAAUCAAGAUUAUUAAUGGGAUGCCAAAUUGGGCGGGAGAUGUUAACACCACUGUAAGAAAACACUGGGAGGACAAUUCCAAUUUGGGAUUACGACGUCUAUUCUCUCAUGAAAUGGAUGAUGAUGAAGAUGAUGAUCAACACUGCCAAGGGAAUGCAUGAAGCUGAAUCAUAUGGAUGAGAAGGCAGUCUCAACAAGAAGAAUAGUCACAUACAUAUCUUAUAUAUAUAUGGAUUGAGUUGAGAUGAAUACAUGUGUCCUUUAUAGCUUCCAUCUUCUUUUCAAAGCAGAUGGUUCGCUUCUUUUGUCUGGAAACUUAUGAUCUAUCAAAUGAAGGCAGCCUCUAUAUAUAUAUAUUGUUUGGAUAUUCUUUUGUGAGUUGUGAUGUUGUAUUUAACUUAUCUGGUUUUUAAUUUGGAGUUACUUUGUCUUGAUUACAAGUAUGUAUCACAAGGUGCCAAAAACUUGUUGGGACACUUAGAUAUGUAUAAGUGUGUGUAAUAACAAAUAAUUAAUGUAUCAAAUCACCAACAUAA